AUGGGGUUUCAUUCACUCUUCAAGAACAAAAAAACCAAACGACCAUGUUCAUGGAAAUGGCGACCAUUCAAGCAGCUCAAAACGAUAUCAUUCUAUGUCAAAUCCAAAAUGUUCAAGAACAAUGCCAAUUUCGUUUUAGCACCCCGUAAAGCCGACAAGCUUGCUACCAUUUUGGACCAUUCGUGGUCGCAAUCGAGGUGCUUAUCAUCGUUGGCAGCCAGUGCAGCAGCAGGGCAAGAUCAGAUCUCGAAAAGCGGAGAAAUGUCGCUCGAGAAUGCAGCACAGGCAAUAAAAAAGAAUAGGCUGUUCUUCGAGCCGGGAGGCAACACAAACUCAAUACUAGGAUCGACUAGGUUUUCGUUCCAAGACUGCGUCGUGCACGCAAUCGAGUCAUCCGAUCCCUAUGCCGGUUUUAGGGUUUCGAUGGAGCAAAUGGCCGAGGCUUACGGAUUGGUCAAGACUAAUAGCGUAGAAAAGGAUAACUGGGAAUACUUAGAAGGCCUACUUUCAUGGUACUUGAGUAUGAACGAGAAGAAGAACCAUGGAUUUAUAGUUGAGGCAUUCAUAGACAUGUAUGCCGGGCUUCCUUCUUGCCCUAGUUCCUGUUAUUUCUCUUAUAAUGCAUCUGCUUCUUCUUCGAAAUCCAAGGAUUGGUGGGAGAUUAACAUUAACGAAAGCAGUCUACGCGUGGAGAAGGAAAUAUCAUGUCCAAAAUAA